AUGCCAACGAGGAAGCUUAACGGCGUCAGGAAACUGGGCACGCCAAGCGUCAGUCAAGCGGCCGAAGCAGCGCUGCGUGGGACCCGCACCCCCAGACCUCCCACGCCCAGCGUACCACUCACGAAGCUGCUGAACCGACGGGUCUCACGGUGUGCGCUGCUGCUGCUGGCGCUGGCUGCCACCAAGGCCUCCACGCUGCGUGGCUGCACCGCGACCAGCACCACCUCCUCCGCUACCUCCACCACCGCUGCCGCCGCCUCCACCCCCUCCGCCACCGCCGCCACGGCCUCCACUGCCGCCACCCGACUCCCCACUCCCUGUACCACCCCCACCACCACCUCCACCUCCUCCACCGCCUCCACCGCUUCCCCCACCGCCCCCUCCACCACCCCUGCUUCCCUUGCCCUUGCCGGUGCGGCGUCGCCCACUAGAGGCAGACGCAGCGCCGACCUCCUCAGUGCCAACGAGGUCGACAGCAGCAGCAGAGGCAACAGAGGGGAGAAGGGGGACAGGGGAACACCCCUCAAAGAAGGGGGUGCGACGGUCGCCGCGAGAAGCACCGACAGCUAA